AUGGAGGAGUGUAUCCAGGGACCUCGAAGCCUCAGUCCACCCAUGCAUCCGCUCUCCGCGCCGUCGCAUCUGCCCAACGAGGCUGUUCCGGAGGAGUUCGACAGUGUUCCGGUGCCUGCGCAGCCACCAUCGCUGCUGCACGACACAAUGAAGGAGCAGCACGAGGCUGUCAUGACCCAGCUGCAGCUCCAAUCAGAGCUCUUGCGGCAGGUCUUGAUGAACACCUCGCUGGAAAGCCUCGGCUCUUUAAUCGCCAACGCCUCUGAGAAUGAAGAGGCUCUUGACUCAGACGCUGACGUUAUCAGCCCCCUACCCAGUGGGAACGACAAGAUCGCCUCUCCAAAGGUUCUCUCCCCUGGGAGUUCCGGAAAUUUCAACGUGGAUGCGAGCCAACCCGUUGCUCGAACCCGACGGCCCUCAUUGUUGAGCUCGCUGCGGAGCUACACGGAUGAGGACCUGGGUCGUCUGGAUGCAGCGCAGUCGCGCCAUGGUGACCUUGUGAGACAACGCUUUCUGGCCCGGAAUUUACAGCAGCCUCUGAGAACUUCCGUUGCGUGGGGUCGCGCGCGAGUACAGAAAUGGGUCCAGAGUUCUGCAUUCGAGAUGUUCUUCGGCUGUGUGGUGUUUACGAAUGCUGUGUUCAUCGGUGUCGAGGUUCAGGCGAGUAUUGACGACCCUGAGCGGCGACCACUGGUAUUCGAUGUCGCCCAGUACACGUUCACUUUCCUGUUUGUUUUGGAGCUGGUUUUGCGGCUGGUCUCGUCUGGCUGGCGAAAGAUGUUCUGCACGGAAGUUUGGUACUGGAGCGUCCUUGAUGUCGUCAUCAUCAUCAGCUCCCUCUGGGAGAUCGCCGCAGCUUUGCAGACUGACGUGGAUGCCGUUGGUGGAGUGUCCAGCCUCAAGGCAUUCCGAAUUAUCAGGCUCACGCGGACGCUGCGAACUGUGCAAUUUGUGCGCAUAUUUCGCUUCGUCGUUGCUUUGCGAACGCUUCUGAAGUCCAUCGCCUACACCUUGAAAGCUUUGACUUGGGCGUUGCUGCUGUUGGCCUUGAUCAUCUACGUGUUCGCGGUGAUGUUCAGCCAAGCCGUCAAUGACUACCUGGCGGAUCCGGACAGCCCGCCGCUCCCAGAGCGGGAGCACGAAGCGUGUCUUCUUUACUUUGGCUCCCUUCGGGCGACGAUGACAAGCCUCUUCAUGAGCAUCGCGGGCGGAACGAACUGGGAAGAACUGGUCUUCCCCCUCGAGCUGAUAUCUCCCGUCUGGACCGUGAUCUUUCUCUUUUACAUCUCGUUCACGUACUUCGCUGUCCUCAAUGUGGUUACGGGCUCCUUCUGCCAGGGCGCGAUAGAGAGUGCUCAAAGGGAUGAGUCGCAGCAGAUCCAAGCCCUGGUAGACAACAAGGAGGCUCAUCUGAAACGCAUAGAGGAGCUCUUCUGCGAGAUCGGCCAAGCCGAUCUCGGCAUUACUUUCCACGGCUUCCAAGAACGGGUGCAAGAGCCGGCAGUGCGCGCCUACUUCGAAACCUUGGGGCUGGAUAUUCGCGAUGACUGGUCGUUUUUCAAGCUACUGGAUCAAGAUGGAGAUGGCAUUGUGGCUGUGGAAGAAUUCUUCUACGGCUGCCUGAAAUUUCGGGGUGGAGCCACGGCAAUGGAUGUUGCGCAAGUGCACCAAGAUCAAAGGUGGCUCAUCACCAAGUACGGGCACGGCCAGGUUGCCGUUGAGGAAGAGCUCGAUCAACUGAAGGCACUGAUCUGCCAAGAGGAAGGGCUGGUUCCCAUCGUCGAGCCGGACAUCAUCAUGAAAGGCGACCACGACUUGGAGACAGCGGUGGCCGUGAACGUGCAAGUUCAGUCCACUUUGUACAAAGCGAUGCAUGACCACGGUGUCUACAUGGAAGGAAGCAUCCUCAAGACCAACUUGGUCAACCCCGGAUCGUACUGUCUCUUCGACUACACUGUGGAAGAGAUUGCCAUGUCGAACAUGAUGACCUGGCGAAGGACGGUGCCGACCUCCAUCAAAUCCAUCAACUUCCUCAGUGGCGGUCAAAGCCUCGAGGACGCCGCGGCAAGGCUCUCUGCCCUGAACAAGAUCAAGAAGAUCCAGGGCCGCGCUCCCUGGAAUCUGAGCUUCUCCUGGAGUUGGGCCUUGCAAGCUCCUCUGCUGGAUCUCUGCAAGGGGAAGGGAGGAAAGCUGCCUCUCAAAGAAAUGAGUGAGCUCUACUUGAAGGAACUGGCGAUUGCCAGUGCCGCUGCAAAGGGCGAGUACGAGGUUGGAGUUCAGCCUCCCGUGAUCAAGACGGAGAAGAAGGAGGAUAAGCCCAAAGCCGAGGGCGAGAAGAAGGAGGACAAGAAGGAGGAGAAAAAGGAAGACAAGCCUAAGGCUGAGGCAGACAAGAAGGAGGAGAAGAAGGAAGACAAGCCAAAGGCUGAGGCAGACAAGAAGGAGGAAAAGAAGGAAGACAAGCCUAAGGCCGAGGCAGAGAAGAAGGAGGAAAAGAAGGAGGACAAGCCUAAGGCUGAGGCAGACAAGAAGGAGGAAAAGAAGGAAGACAAGCCCAAGGCUGAGGCUGACAAGAAGGAGGAAAAGAAGGACGACAAGCCUAAGGCUGAGGCAGACAAGAAAGAGGAAAAGAAGGACGACAAGCCUAAGGCUGCGGGCGAGAAGAAAGCAGAAAAGCACGGAGAUGUCCAGUGGACGUGCCCGCCUGCAUGCCCCAAUGCCGAGAAAAACAAUAAGCCCAAGGCUGAGGGCGAGAAGAAGGAAGAGAAGAAGGAGGACAAACCCAAGGCGGAGGGCGAGAAGAAGGAAGAAAAGAAGGAAGACAAACCCAAGGCGGAGGGCGAGAAGAAGGAGGACAAGCCCAAGGCGGAGGGCGAGAAGAAGGAAGAAAAGAAGGAAGACAAACCCAAGGCAGAGGGCGAGAAGAAGGAGGACAAACCCAAGGCGGAGGGCGAGAAGAAGGAAGAGAAGAAGGAGGACAAGCCCAAGGCGGAGGGCGAGAAGAAGGAAGAGAAGAAGGAGGACAAACCCAAGGCGGAAGGCGAGAAGAAGGAGGACAAACCCAAGGCGGAGGGCGAGAAGAAGGAAGACAAACCCAAGGCAGAGGGUGAGAAGAAGGAGGACAAACCCAAGGCAGAGGGCGAGAAGAAGGAGGACAAACCCAAGGCGGAGGGCGAGAAGAAGGAGGACAAGCCCAAGGCGGAGGGCGAGAAGAAGGAAGAGAAGAAGGACGACAAGCCCAAGGCGGAGGUCGAGAAGAAGGAAGAGAAGAAGGAGGACAAGCCUAAGGCCGAGGGCGAGAAGAAGGAAGAGAAGAAGGAGGACAAACCCAAGGCAGAGGGCGAGAAGAAGGAAGAGAAGAAGGAGGACAAGCCCAAGGCGGAGGGUGAGAAGAAGGAAGAGAAGAAGGACGACAAGCCCAAGGCGGAGGGCGACAAGAAGGAAGAGAAGAAGGAGGACAAACCCAAGGCGGAGGGCGAGAAGAAGGAGGACAAACCCAAGGCAGAGGGCGACAAGAAGGAAGACAAGCCCAAGGCAGAGGGUGAGAAGAAGGAGGACAAACCCAAGGCGGAGGGCGAGAAGAAGGACGACAAGCCUAAGGCCGAGGGUGAGAAGAAGGAGGACAAGCCCAAGGCAGAGGGUGAGAAGAAGGAAGAGAAGAAGGAGGACAAACCCAAGGCAGAGGGUGAGAAGAAGGAAGAGAAGAAGGAAGACAAACCCAAGGCAGAGGGCGAGAAGAAGGAGGACAAACCCAAGGCAGAGGGCGAGAAGAAGGAGGACAAACCGAAGUCGGAGGGCGAGAAGAAGGAGGACAAACCCAAGGCGGAGGGCGAGAAGAAGGACGACAAGCCUAAGGCCGAGGGUGAGAAGAAGGAAGAGAAGAAGGAGGACAAGCCCAAGGCAGAGGGUGAGAAGAAGGAAGAGAAGAAGGAGGACAAACCCAAGGCAGAGGGUGAGAAGAAGGAAGAGAAGAAGGAAGACAAACCCAAGGCAGAGGGCGAGAAGAAGGAGGACAAACCCAAGGCAGAGGGCGAGAAGAAGGAGGACAAACCGAAGUCGGAGGGCGAGAAGAAGGAGGACAAACCCAAGGCGGAGGGCGAGAAGAAGGACGACAAGCCUAAGGCCGAGGGUGAGAAGAAGGAAGAGAAGAAGGAGGACAAGCCCAAGGCAGAGGGUGAGAAGAAGGAAGAGAAGAAGGAGGACAAGCCCAAGGCAGAGGGUGAGAAGAAGGAAGAGAAGAAGGACGACAAGCCCAAGGCGGAGGGCGAGAACAAGGAAGAGAAGAAGGAGGACAAACCCAAGGCAGAGGGUGAGAAGAAGGAGGAGAAGAAGGAGGACAAACCCAAGGCAGAGGGCGACAAGAAGGAAGACAAGCCCAAGGCUGAGGGCGACAAGAAAGAGGAGAAAAAGGACGACAAACCCAAGGCGGAGGGCGAGAAGAAGGACGACAAGCCCAAGGCUGAGGGCGACAAGAAAGAGGAGAAGAAGGAAGACAAACCCAAGGCGGAGGGCGAGAAGAAGGACGACAAGCCCAAGGCAGAGGGCGAGAAGAAGGAGGACAAACCCAAGGCGGAGGGGGACAAGAAGGACGACAAGCCUAAGGCCGAUGGCGCCAAGAAGGAGGAAAAGAAGGAAGACAAAAAGGAUGACAAGCCUAAGGCAGAGGGCGACAAGAAGGAUGACAAGCCCAUGGCCGAUGGCGCCAAGAAAGAGGAAAAGAAGGAAGACACAAAGGAUGACAAGCCUAAGGCAGAGGCCGACAAGAAGGAUGACAAGCCCAAGGCCGAUGGCGCCAAGAAGGAGGAAAAGAAGGAAGACAAAAAGGAUGACAAGCCUAAGGCUGAGGCCGACAAGAAGGACGACAAGCCUAAGGCCGAUGGCGCCAAGAAGGACGAAAAGAAGGAAGACACAAAGGAUGACAAGCCUAAGGCAGAGGGCGACAAGAAGGAUGACAAGCCCAAGGCCGAUGGCGCCAAGAAGGAGGAAAAGAAGGAAGACAAAAAGGAUGACAAGCCUAAGGCAGAGGCCGACAAGAAGGAUGACAAGCCCAAGGCCGAUGGCGCCAAGAAGGAGGAAAAGAAGGAAGACAAAAAGGAUGACAAGCCUAAGGCAGAGGGCGACAAGAAGGAUGACAAGCCCAAGGCCGAUGGCGCCAAGAAGGAGGAAAAGAAUGAAGACAAAAAGGAUGACAAGCCUAAGGCCGAGGCCGACAAAAAGGAUGACAAGCCGAAGGAUGUGAAGCCAGAGGCACCAAAGGCAGAGAAGCAGAAAACGGAGGAAAAAUCCAAGGAAACGGAGUGCUUGGGUUUCGUCGUGUUUCGGCAGAUGGUCGGCUCGUUCGACACGAGCUCCCUCGGCGUAAUCCAUGACGUGCAGCUCGACUACUACGCCAAGAGGGCUGCUGUGGCAUCAGGUGCUACCAGAGAUCCGAUCACACCUCCAACGGGUUAG